AUGGUGCCAGAUGCUGGAUGCCGCCGCCGCCGCCGCCGGCCCUCGUUCCGGCCGAGCAAGGACAGCGCCCGCUUGGGCCUGCUGGGGGCGCUCAUCCUGCUGUACCUGCUCUGUGGCGCGGCCAUCUUCUCCGCCCUGGAGUACCGCGCUGAGCUGCAGGCGCGGCGCCGUUGGGACGAGCGCCUGGCCAACUUUGGCCGGCGGCACGGCGUGGACCCCGGGGCUCUGCGCGGCUUGCUCAAGCUCUACGAGGACACCUACUGGGCCGGGGCUCGCACCGACCCCGUCUCCCCCCGCUGGGACUUCGCUGGGGCCUUCUACUUUGCUGCCACUACGAUUGCUACCAUUGGGUUCGGGAUGACGAGGCCAGCCACGUCGGGGGGCAAGAUCUUCCUCAUCUUCUACGGGCUGUUUGGCUGUGCGGCCACCAUCCUCUUCUUCAACCUGUUCCUGGAGCGCGUCAUCGGCGUGUUGGUGGAGGCCACACGGUGGUGCCGCCAGCGAUCAGGGAGCGGAGACGGACUUCCGGAGGGUUGGAAGCCCUCUGUGUGCUCCGUGGCCCUGAUCCUGGGGGUGGUGGUCCUGCUGAUGGUGGGUGGGGCCUCCAUGCUUUUCUCCGCUCUGGAGGGGUGGGGCUACCUGGAGUCCCUCUACUUCUGCUUUGUGGCCUUCAGCACCGUUGGCUUUGGGGACCUGGUGAGUGGCCAGAGGGAAGGGAGCUGGGCCUACGGGGUCUACCGGCUGGGGAACUGCCUCCUCAUCCUCGCGGGCAUCUGCUGCCUCUGCUCACUCCUCAACAUCAUCUCCAUCCUCAUCAAGCAAUCGCUCGACUGGAUCCUGAGUCACCUGUGCCCCGCCCCUGGCCCGCUCCCUUUCGGGCUCUGUGGUUGCCCACCCUUUCUAUGCGGCAACCCCUCACCCAUCUGGCCCUGCUGCGGAGACAGGGCCGUACACCCCGCCCCCUCGCCUGUGGCCCAGGGCAGGGGCCUGCAUGCGGACGUCUCCGUGGAUACCGUGUGCAACAGCAGAACGGAUGUCGGUGGACGUCGGCUCUCGGGGGAGAUGAUCUCGGCGAGGCACUUCCUGGCCGCCGUUAUUCAGAAAGCCCCCCAGCAGAGCCACGCCCGUCAGACAGGCUUCAUGGAGGAUGUGGGAGCCCUCGCUGUCAUGAGCAACCGACUGCAAGAGACCAGCGCUAACAGGCCUCUCUUCACAUCUGUAUGGACUUACUGCUGCAUGGAGACCAGCACUAACAGUUCUGCUGACUCGCUGCGACGGCCAGCUGCUCCACUUGGACAAAGGAGUUUCCAGAGCCAAACGCUGUGAUUCAGACAGCCUGGGCCUCUCUUCACAUCUGUAUGGACUUACUGCUGCAUGGAGACCAGCACUAACAGGUAGUUACUGCCUUACCUGAACCCUACUCUGUUCCAUCAAGCAAAGAUGACCCAACGCCACAAAAUGCUCACUCUCAGCACACCACAGAGAACCAACUUGCCCAAAGGCUGCAGCAUGAGAUCAAGACCUUGUGACUAACUGAACAUGACUAUACCCUUAUAAACGAAAUAUUGUGCAUGUGCUGCUAAAUGAAUAGAAAUGUCCUUUGAAGACUUUAGACAAAAAGCCAGCUAGUUAAAUCAUUUUGAAUUGUUCAAUGAAAAGCACAAAGCCUCGCUGAUGUAACACAUUUUGCCUGCCAGGAUAAAAUCCCCCCUUUCCCCAAAAAAAAAAACAUCUGUUACAAAACAAAUCAAUCAUUUACAUUUUGGUGCUGACAUGGCAAUCGCAACAGUUUAGCUAAGAGGCAUCUGUCAAAGUCUC